ACUAUUUUAAUAACCAUGGGUUGCUGCUUCAGUAUGGAAAGAAAUUCGAGCAAACCUAAUGAAAGAACAAGUCUUUUAUAUGCAUCAGAAAAAAGUUCCUUUAGUGAAGUAUUGAAACAUGACCACAGUACUGUACUUUGCGAUAGAAAAGAUGAAGAGCUGUCUACUUUGGUGAAGAACUGUAAUAAGAGAGGAUGCAUAUGUCCAGACAAGAUUAGUUCCAAGUGUGAAUGCAACAGAGAUCUUUUGGGGAAUGAGAACAUUACUUGUCAUGAAAGACAGAGUUUAUUUAUUAAGAAACCACAAAUAAACAGUGAAGAAAGCCAUAAGGUGGUUCCAGAAAAACAAGGUUUAAUUUACAAUUUGCUGAAACUGUGGCAGUAUUUAAGAAAUAACAACGCCGGGUCAGUAACAAAGGCUGUAACAAAAGGCAAGUUUUACAAGGAUAAAUUGGAAUCGUAUGACAAAAUGGAAGAAGAGUUACAUCUGUGUGGUGGUUCUGCAUCAGAAUUUUCACAGUCAAAAGCCUUAAAUAGUAUCUCUGUGGAUUGCCUGCUGUCUUGUGAGGACACCAAUGAACCUGUUUUUCCAUCUUUGGAAAUCACCUGCACGAAUCUGGAAAAUUCAAAUAUGUUAAAAGAAAGGUAUGAAAAUCUAGAUAAUGUCCAGUUAUAUUUAAAUAGGCAAGCUUUGCCAUUUAAGGAAUGUGAUGUUGAAGUAACUUCACCUCUUGGCUUUUAUAACAUUUGUACUAUAGAUUUGGAGGAUCUGGAAAGUGAUUCGGAGGUUGUUGGAAAAACUAUAGUGGAUAUGAAUUUUCCAAUUAAUGAUGGGCAAAUUUGUCAAAAUCCUGACUUAAAUGCAGGCAGUAUACAACGGGCAGCACAUGUGUCCAAACAUCAAGGUUGUUCUUCGACACUUAGCAGAAAAAUUCCACAGAAUCCAAAAGGGAGAAAAAACCAAACAAGUCCGGUUUUUGUCGAUUUUCAAAAAACAUCUUUGAUUUGUCAUGAGGGAAGUUCACAGCAAAUUAUAGCUUGCAACCCCCAAAAUCCUAGUGUAGGCGGUAAAGAGGUCAAUGUGAAUGCUCCUUCAUGUUCAGUUCCUUGUAGUGAAAACAUUGAACGUGGCUGUAUUUCUGAGACUGAAAAAGUAUCUCAAACAACAUGCAGCAUUUAUGCAAAGGUUAACCCUUGUACCUUGCUCACUGAUGCUGAAGAUCAUUGGCAACAGACUUCUCUAACAUCUGCAUCAAAAGGUUCAGAAAUAACUGAUUUUAAGCAUAAAAAUGGAGCACAACUAUCAUGUCUUACUAAUGAAAUGGUUACUGCGUUAAAAGAUGUAGAAAGUGCAAACUUUGUUAAUAGCAUGACAGGUAAAAUGUGUCUUGGCAAUGAGGCUGAAAAUGUAAAAUGCUAUCACACUGAACAAUACUGUACAACUUUGGAAACCUCUGUUGUUUGUUCCUCUUCUGCUGCUAACACUUAUAAGGAAGAAGUUAUUAUAAAUCAAUGCAAUAUAGAACCUAGUGAUGGUAAUGACUUUAAACCACCAGACGUGCUGGAUAAUGCAGUUACAGGGUUGGUCCACAUUUGCCCAAUGGAAGUUACUCCUAAAGAGCAAGGAAACGCCAAGUUUGACAUGAUCAGUUUAAGAUCAGAUACAUGUAGUUCAGAACAUAAUUCUAGGGAUGCAAAACAUCAUCUUGAUAUGCAAAUAAAGUCCAGUAAUGACUUAAAAAAUGACCAAACUAUUGGGAUCAGUUGUUUUAAUAAACAUUUAUGUCAAAAUGAUUUUAAUUGGCUGGCUGCUGAUAUAUACACUUUGGAAGAGCUUCAGUUCUCUCACUUUGCAACACCUGAAGAUAUGCGUGGUGAUAGUGAAAGUCCUCUGCUAUUAACAGCUUAUGAAACUGAAAUGAGUGUUAACUCGGAAAUGGGAAGGUCUGGGUUGAACUCAAAUGGGCAGCAAUUACACCUAAGAGAGAUGGUUAAUCUCAGUACUGAUAAUUUGGUCAAAUUCUUUACCUUAAAUACAAGCAGUGAUUUAAAUGGAUCUGUUGAAUUAACCAAAGAGAAAAUGGAGAACCAUCAUCUUGACUUGAGUGAUGCACUGAAGAGCAAAGUCCUCAAAAAUAUGAGUAGUUCACCGAGUCAUAUUCGUUUUCAGCAAGACUUUUCAGAACACUCUUCAUUUAAUCUGAAAUUACCAAAGCAUGUUGAAUCUGAGCAGAAUCCAUCAAAACAUAAGGAUUUGACAGGUUUCCAGCAUUUCAAUUUGCCAGUCAGUUUUGAUAGCAUCUUCUCAGAUGAUUCAGAUGUAUCUUCUCUUUCCCUUCUAGAAAAAGAGGCAACCACUGAUAUAAAAUGUGUAACAGCUGCUAAUUUUAAGUUGAAUGGAAUGAAAAAUGAAACAGGCAGUAUUGGGAUGACAUAUAAAGAUUUUGGAAAAAGUGAUAUUGAAACUGAGCAAGCAAGGAAUUUGUUUUGUUCUGGUGUUGAUGGGUACAGUGUUGAUAGCGUAAGCCUUCCACAUGAGGAUCAUAGCCAACAUGAUAUUUAUGCAUCAACCCCUUCCUAUGAAAUAUAUUGUAAAAAGGAAGCAGGUUUGACUGCAUUGGAAGAAAUUGACAUUCCAGUUUCUGAACAUGAAAAAUGCUCUUUUUUCAACGAAGACUUCAAAGUAGGUCUUUUAACUGAGUUUCACUCUAUGUGUGGGAAAGAAUGCAGAUGCUUUAACAACCUGGGUAAAUUUAUUUCAAGUGAGCAGUGUUACUUCAAUAACACAUGGCAGCAUUCUGAAUUAAAUUCUGCUAUAGUUAACAUACAACAGACUAACACAUCUGAUCCAGAUGACCAGCCAAGAUUUUGGAACAAUAUUAGAGUUUUACAGAAAGAUGGAGUAUGGAGUUUUCCACCUAAACAGAGAGAAACUGAAUCAGCAAAAGUUUCCGAACUAAACCCACAUGCGAAAGUAUGGGCAAACCGCGUCCUAAACUUGGAAGAUACAGGCAUUUGCGAUAGCAGUUCACUGAAGACUUGCAAAGUGGUAUCGGCUAAUUCUUCUAACAGUGCUGUUCAAGGGAAUGAAGUCGCCAGUGAUAAAUCCAUAUCAUAUCAGGAGGAUUUGUUUCCUGAGCUACAGGCAUCUCCUGCAAGUCCUCUGUCAAAUUCUGCAGACAUGAAAGCUGUGACUCUGGAAUCAUCAAAUCCUGUGUACACAGAAUUUGAACCUAUGCAUGACUCUAGUCAGAAAGGUUGCAGUGAUGCACCUGAGACAGAAAGUCAGGAAGAUCUUCGAGAUCAUCUCAAAAAGACACUUGAGUUUUGUUUAUCUCGGGAGAAUCUUGCCAGAGAUAUGUAUCUCAUUUCUCAGAUGGACAGUGACCAAUAUGUGCCAAUAAUGACAGUAGCAAAUCUUGACCAUGUGAAGAAACUCAGCACGGACAUAGAUUUGAUUGUUGAUAUAUUGAGAUCCUUGCCUUUAGUUCAAGUUGAUGAAAAAGGUGAAAAAGUCAGACCAAACCAGAACCGAUGCAUUGUGAUUUUAAGAGAAGUUCCAGAGUCAACUCCAGUGGAGGAUGUAGAAGCACUUUUCAAGGGAGAGCACCUACCAAAAUUCAUCAAUUGUGAGUUUGCCUACAAUGAUAACUGGUUCAUCACCUUUGAAUCUGAAGCUGAUGCACAACAGGCUUAUAGGUACCUUCGAGAAGAUGUGAAAACGUUUCAGGGAAAACCUAUUAAGGCAAGAAUUAAAGCAAAGGCGAUAGCUAUCAACACUUUUUUGCCAAAGAAUGGCUAUAGACCACUGGAUGUGAACCUCUGUGCUCAACAGAGAUACACUGCCUCCUUCUACAUACCUCCAGUGUACAGUCCUCAGCAGCAGUUUCCACUAUAUAGUCUAAUAGCACCUCAGACGUGGUCGGCAACGCAUGGUUUUAUAGAUCCACCUUUGGUUGCUCCUUUUCCCAGCACUGGAUUCAUAAAUGGAUUCACAACUUCACCCAGUUUCAAACCAGCAUCAUCUCCACUCACUGUUAGACACUACUCUCCUAGGAACCGAAAUCAUAGUAAACCUCACAUUAGGCCUCCUAUGCCAAAUGCAGAUCGUGGACCGGGCCUGCUUGAGAGUCCAACGAUAUUUAAUUUUCCUGCUGAACGCCUAUUAAAUGGUGUUCGAAGCCCUCAGACACGUCCACUUGGGCAAAAUAGGACUCGCCUUCAGAGCACUAUGAGUUACAAGAGAGAUGCUGGAGUUGGACGAAUAGAGCAAAAUAAUACUGAUGGUUCACCCAGCAUUGCCAGAGGGAGGAAAAAUGUAUACGGGUAUAGGAAAAAAAGGGAAGACAAAUUUACGAGAUUAAGUCAAUCGCCUCCACCCCAAAAGCCUCCUUCACCCAGCUUUGAACUUGGUUUGUCGAGUUUUCCUCCUUUGCCUGGUGCUGCAGGCCACUUAAUGAGUGAGGAUAGAUUGUCCAGUACUGUAACAGGGUCUUCAAAGGACAAGAAUGUAAAUGUUGAUGCCAAUACCAACACGGUCCUUUCAGGAAUUCCACAAGAAUCGCCAGUUCCCAGUAUACCAGUGCUGCUGCCAGUGAGUCUUGAGGGGCCCCCUUCAGCACCACCAUCCCCUGAUGAAGUAAGUGUCCAGGACAAGCACAAAGACAUACAAGUUCCAAUUGACCACCUGACUUCUACCAUUACAACUGCAAGUAAAUCUGUUCAGGUGAAUGGUGCAGCUACAGAGUUGAGAAAACCUAGUUAUGCAGAAAUUUGCCAGAGGACAGCAAAAGAUGCUCCAGCACUACAACCUGCAAAAGAACUGAAGGUCAACAAUAACAUUGUUAAUGAUGAAAAAAAGUCACUAGAAUCUCCAGGAGAUAAAACUGACUCUAAGCAUAGAGAAAACCUCUCCUCUAAGACAGCACCUGGACGACCAAGAGACAUAAAACGACAAUCUGGGCGCCGUUCAUCACCAACAGUGGUACAGGGAGCAGGAAGACGUUACAACAAAGAUCAUGGCACACCUCCAAAAUCUCCUCAGUAAUUUCUGAGGUUUGCAAUGAGCUCAAAAAGGGUUAUCUUUAUCCUAGAGUCACCUUUAAUAGCACAGAAAACAUAAUGCUGGUUCAGGACUUCUAAAGAAAGUAACACUCAAUGUGAAAAAUAAUUUUUUACUUUUUUUUUUUUUCUUUCUUUUGUCUCCCUAUUAUAACAUCCACUGUCCAUUUGGAGCAGUCUGAUAUCUAUUGUAGCAUGAGUUAAUCUUAAGUAAAAUGUUAGAGUUCAUUAUUCAUAAUCUAGGUUUGCAGAGUGUACUAAAAACACUGAAGCCUAUUUUGAUGGACAUAAUGCUAAGUUUACAGUAGUAACUCGGCUUAACAAAAGAUAAUUCUGAAUGAAUGCUUCAUAAACAUUGAGCAAUUCCUUUCCCUUGAUGGACUUUUACAUGUGUUUAGUUUGCAGAGUACUUAUUUUAUUUGUGAGAUAUUUAACCUGUGAAUCCAUAUUCUUACAGAAGCUGAUACAGAUGGCACAGAAAUAGAAUCCAUGUUUGCCAAAAUGUUUUUUUAAGACCAAGUGCUGGGAAUGAGUGGAAUAUUUUGUCUGGUGAAAGAGUUAUACAGCUUUUUUUCUUUUGGCCUCUACUGUAUUUAGAAGAGAUGUAAAAGGCCCACCAUCCCACCAAUCUCCAGUUACCUGUGUGGGCUGCAUUUCUCCAUUGAUUUUUUUUUUAUUAUUCCUUUAUUUAUUGGAUUUUUCUGUAAUUCUUUUUAACAAGAACAUUGCCUCCCUAUUUCUAAAUUAAGUUUUAUAAAUUGAUUGAAGGGAUGGCAGUACAUUCUUCAUUCAUGGGCAGAUCCAAGAUUUCUUUAGAAUGUACAAAAACUUUUUUUUCUAUUCCCAAUUAGCAUGUGCGGCAUUAAAAUUAUGCGGGUUUGUUUGUUGUACGUAUCCGUUAUGUCUGUUACUUUAAAUCGCCCAGCAGCCCACUGCACUUUAAAAGUUAAACACUUUUGUGGGCUCAGAAGAGUUUGAGGGAACGUACAGUGUUUUAAACCAAGUGUGCAUAAUCUGUUAUUUGUGUUUUAGUUGAUUUCUUUUAAUGAAAUGAUUUAAUGUUUUCUAUUUUUGCCUUUUUAAAUGCAGUGAACUGGACGUCAUUCAACAAUAUUUUCACAUAUCUUGAGUUAAAUGAUAUUUACCUUUUUUAAUUUAGAAAUGCAGAUUUUUUUGGAAUUAUCUGUGCCAGAAAUGUAUUUAAUCACCCAGAGUAGAGUAACAUAUAUAAACCUAUGGAUAUUUUUGCUUCUUGUAAACCUUCUCACAAAUUUAUUUUUCUUUUUGUAUUUACACACCUGUGCUCUAAUUUGAGUGACUUGAGGGUGAAAAGUAACCACAUUUCUCUCUGCAUCUUGUGCCAAGGGCUCCUGAACAGAGUUCACUUCUGUAGUUCUAUAUCUUGUUGACGUCUUCCUGCUUCAUAAAGCAUCUUCAAAACAGCAACAGUUGAUUUUGAUGCUUGGAAAUAUUACCUAGAUUAGUCAUUUGCUGCAGAAGUAAUGCUAUACUACAUGAUAUUUUUGAUAUAUUUUUUUUUCUUUUGCAAUUUAUUUUCUCAGAAAGUAACAGACUUAAAUUUCUAAAUUUCGAAGGACUAGAAUGCACUAAGUUUACCAAUCUUUAGUUUGGAUUUGACUUUUUUUGUUAGUAGUGCACUGUUUAUGUUCAAUUACACAACAAUACAGUUAACUGAAUGAAAAUAUUAUUUAAACUGAUCUUUUGAUUUUUUUUUUUUUUAUUCAGAAGAAAAUUCCAUCCAGUGUUUGAAAACUUGAAUUUUAUUUAAACUUGAAAAUGACUUUGCCUUAACUUUUAUAUAUGACAACAUGGUUUGCUUUUGAACCCUAAAGGGUUACCAAGAGUGGCACAUGUGAAUACCUAGGUAUAUCUACUGUCAUUAGUAAAAGAUGAAUAAAAAUUAUCAAAUGUCAUAAACAAACUAGAAUUAAAUUGCAUUUUUAGUAUACUAUCUCAGAUUUUUCAGUUUGUUUAAAAAAAAAAAAAAAAAAAUCCUGUAAAUGCAAAUAGUCAAUACUGUAUUAAAUAUGUGCACUUGGGGGAUUGUUCUUUGAUUGUACAGUGUAAAUAGUCAGAACAUAUAAAGAGGUACCUGUAAAAUGAUAAACAAGAGAAAAUAUUGAAAAUUCAUGUUGCUGUUGAACUGUAUGUAGAUUUUCUUAAUGUGGGGGUGUGCGUGUUUUUAAUUUUGAGGUUUUUUUUUUUUUUUUUUUUUUGUGUUUCUCUCUCCCCCACCCCACCACCCAUUUUUUACAUUUUGGGUGUAUUGAAUUGAAAUCUGCCUUUAUCAUUGCAAAUUAGGAAAAAAAUGAGGCUUUUUUCAUCAAUAUAGCUUUAAAAUAGCUUUUCAGACAUUUUCAUGUUGUAUGAACACACAUUGGAAAUUGAAGUAUCAGUUUUUUGCAAACCACAUAGUUUACCAAUGUGUCUAUUUCUUGUUGUGGGUUCUUGAAAGCUGCAGAUUUGAGAGUGCAAAGAAGACAGUAUAUACUCAGAAUGUCAAUGAAGAUCAUGAGAAUCGCACUGAGUGCACAUAGCUCAACUUUGUUUGGUUCCUUUAGAGUGGAUAAAUUAAAAGUUCUCCGUAUUCUGCCUUUCAGAGUCUGUCGGUCCCUUUUCAGAGGAGUUUUUGAAGUACAUACCAUUCUUCACACUUGUCUAAGGGCAUUUUUGGAAAAAAAAAACACUAGGUACUCUGUGCUGCAGUCAGUGUUAAAAAGUAACAUGUGCUCUUGUUAUUGUUUGUUAGUUUUAUUAUAUUCUGAAAGAAAGAGACCAUUUGCUUUUCUUCUGUGAGCAAUGAGUAUGGUAGAUUAUCUCCUACAUGGCUGCAAAGAUUGUAGUUUGGCUGCUGAAAGGUAUGAAGAAGAAAAGCUGCAACCUGAAACACUUUAUCCCUUGGCAGCAGGUUAUAAUUAGAUCUGAAUUGGUUUGUGCAUUAAGGUUGAAGCUGUUGGUAUUGUAUUGUUCCAUUUGUCUGACUAAGCCAGCUGUGCUACAGUUGUAUAAUGUUUACGGAGUUGCAACUCAUCAGAUACAGAAUUUCCAUUGAGCUUGGCUUCUGGUCUUUGUGAAAUAUGUAUAUGUGUGAUGUUAUGUGGUUGGCUUUCUGUCUGCACAAAGGAAGAGCAGAAAGCAACAAUAACCAAAUGUGUAUUUCCUGACAUUCUAAGUUUGAAUGUGCUUAGGGAAUGCUUUUCUGUGUCACAAAGCAAUACCUGGCAGUACAUGCAAAUUUCUGCAGUGGCAAAACUCUUGGUCAGCAUACAUUUAUCAGAAUGAGGGAUCUUAAGCUGUGCACAUCAAGACAACACAAAGUGUGAUGAUUUGAGAGCUUAAAUUCAAGAGUCUGAUUUUCUGCAGUGUGUAUGUUCUGUCCACACUACAGUUAAUGUUGUAUGUUGACGAUGAUUGUGUAAUAAGAAACUUGAUAUCAAAUCUCCCCUUGCAACUUAAGUAUUUCUCCAAUCCAGUGCUGAUAUUUUAACAAGGGUUGCAGCCAGUUUUAACAUUUCAUUUUGUUUAAGGUAUAACACAAUCUAAAAAUGUGCCAUCUGAUAAUAGGUGCAUAAAAAACUUUCUUUUUUUCCUUAUCAGUUGGUUACAUGUCAUUAGCAUCUUAUUACUCAUUACACUAACAGCAGCAGACAAUCUGGAAUCAUUUAAUGAAAAAAAGAAAAACCUAACAUAGUAAUUAACAGUGGCUUUAUUUUGAGGGCUUUUGUUUAUGUUGUCUUAAUUUUACUUCCAUAAGACUGGAAUCAAGGUUACAUGUAAACUAUUGGUAAUUUAAGUUUUCUGUUUGUGUCAUGAUGUAAACUGUCUAAUUUGGGAAAAAUAUGUAGCGUAUUAAGAAAAAUAAAGAUCUAGGCACUGUUUGAAAACGUUA